AUGUCGUCGUUUCAGCUUCUGAAUGCCGAGGUUCUAUCGCGAUUGAAGCCCUUUGGCAUUCUGUUUGAGAAGUCACUCACGGACUUGAUCCGUGGUAUGAGAACAUACUCCAAAGAGUCACCCGAACAAUUGAUGGUAUUCUUAGAGAAUGCCAUAGUUGAAUGCAAGAAUGAGUUGGCCACCACUGAUUUGGAAACCAAGGCCAUGGCGGUAUUGAAAUUGGCGUAUUUGGAAAUGUAUGGGUUUGAUAUGAGUUGGUGUAAUUUCCAAGUCUUGGAAGUUAUGCUGUCAUCUAAAUUCCAACAGAAACGUAUAGGUUAUCUUGGAGCCAUUCAACUGUUUAGAAAUGAACAGGAUUUGUUGAUUUUGGCCACCAAUCAAUUUAAAAAGGAUUUGAACUCUCAUAAUCAUGUGGAAGUUGGGUUGGCAUUAUCAGGUAUUGCCACUAUAGUUACCCCCAAUUUGGCUAAGGAUAUUUAUGAUGAUGUGGUAAUGAAAUUAAAUCAUUCUAAACCGUAUAUCCGUAAAAAGGCUAUUUUGGCCCUCUACAAAGUGUUUUUACAAUAUCCUGAUAGUUUACGUAUGAGUCUCCAACGGAUCAUUGAUAAAUUGGAUGAUAAUGAGACUUCAGUAGUAAAUGCUGCUAUUAAUGUUGUAUGUGAAAUCUCCAAAAAGAACCCCAAGAUCUUCGUGGCGUAUUUGCCCAAAUUCUUUCUGAUUCUUGAAGAUACAAAGAAUAAUUGGUUAAUCAUUAGAAUCCUUAAAUUAUUCCAAAGUCUUUCUAAAGUAGAAACAAGAAUGAGAAGAAAAAUCUUACCUGCAAUUGUUGAUAUGAUGAUGUCUACCAAGGCUUCAUCUUUGAUCUAUGAAUGCAUUAAUUGCAUUGUUAGUGGGGGCAUGCUUACAGGUGAAUCAUCAAAGGAUAAAGAUAUUGCCAGGAAAUGUAUAGAAAAGAUUAUAAACUUUUUCCAAAAUGGUGAUAAUAAUUUGAAAUUUGUUGGUCUUUUGGCAUUGAUUAAUAUCUUGAAGUUGUAUCCCCAAUUCAUUAGAUCCAUUCCUGAAGUUUCUCCAAUAGUCUUGGAUUGCUUGACAGAUAGAGACUCAAUUAUCCAGAGCAAAGCUUUGGAAAUAGCCCAAUAUCUCAUUAAUGAAGAUAACAUUAAUGAAGUGUUCAAAGUCCUUUUGAUACAAUUGAUCCCCCUGGAUGAUAGACUAAUUGUACCAGAUAAGUUGAAAGUAGACAUCAUCACUAAGAUCAUCGAUACGGCUUCACAAGAUAAUUAUUCCAAUAUCCCAAAUUUUAAGUGGUAUAUUGCAGUAUUACAGAAUGCAUUGAAAUUGACGGUUUUAUCGGGCAAUUAUGCUUCAAGAUCUGCUGCCAUUACUAUUGCUAAAGCUUUUGGGAAGGAAUUCACUUCUCUUGCUACAAAGGUGCCUUCCAUUCGGCGUCCUUUAGCAACACUUUUGUUGGAAUUAGCUGAAGAUCCCAAUGUCAUUGAUGGUGCACCUUUGUUGUUGAAAGAUGUCUAUUGGAUCUUGGGAGAGUAUGUCAACGAACUUGGAGGUGUCGAUGACGAUGACGAUGAACAGGAUGAUCAAGAUGAAGAAGAAGAAAAUAAUAUUAAUAUUAUUGCCUUGGGAAAGAAGAUCAAGUUGUUCAAUACGUUAAUCAACAAAGAAAUUGAUACUAAGUUGGAUAAUGGAGUUAAUGCCCAGUUCCCUAUUUCAGCGAAGUUGGCAGCCUUGCCCAACCAUGGAGUCAUUUGCGUAGUGAUCCAAUCUCUUGUCAAGAUAUAUCUGUCAAUUGUGAGAGACUACAUGUUGAUAUAUGGUAAAGGUAACAAACUUCCAACCACCCAGCUUAAUGAGUUGCAAUACUUUUUGUUCAAGUUGAUUGGCUUCCUAGGCAAUUGGGAAAACCAUCGAAAUUAUGAGGUUCAAGAACGGGUUAUAUCCUGGUUGGAAUUUCUUCGUCUCUGUUUGGAAGCCAUGAAUGAAGGUGAUGAUUCUAUUUUACAGAAACUUGAACAGGAGGAAAUUGAGUAUUACAAGACGUUGAGGAUAGGCGACAAAAAGAAAGCAAAUGAAGGCGAAGACGAAGAAGAAGGAGAAGAAGAAGAAGAUGAUGAAGAACAAGAAGAAGAUGAUGAACAAGAAGUCGAUUCUUCUGUUGAUCCUGACUAUGAACAAUUUUCAAGUUCUUCUGACGAAGACUCCAUCGAAGAGACUAUUAAGCCUCAGAUCCCAGUAGAAGACUUAUUGGAGUUGGAAGAAGAAGAGAAAGAACUUGAAAAGAACCCAUUUUCAAGUCAGAUUAAUGAUAUUGUUGAAGACUCAAAUAUGGAGAAACCACUUCCUGUAUUAUUAGGUUUGGUAUUACCUUCUUUCUUCAAUCUGUAUACAUUAAAACCCGUUGCAAGAAAUGCCCAACUUCAUAUUAAGGUUCCUGAAGCUUUAGACCUUGAUGUACCAAUUAACGACUUACCAGUGGUUGAUUUAGCACUUGAUGAAGUUUCCAGUGCGUACAAUUUAUUUGAUAGCAAUAGAGAAGACUCAGAUAGUUUAUCUGAAGAAGAGACAGCUGCUGCCACUGAGAACAGUGAGAUCAUGAGAAAGGAAAGGAUGCAGAGAUUAAAAGAAGAUCCUUACUAUAUUGAUACCACUGCAUCUAAGAGCAGGGUCAAUAAGAGUAAGAGUAAACUGGUGGAAGCUGCUACUAGUGCAUUAGUUACAUCUCCCAAGACAUCAACAUCUCCAGGACUUGAUGAACAAACACUCGAUUUGACAAACAAGAAGCCCAAGAAGUCAAAGAAAAUAAAGAAGGAAAAGGUCCUUGUGCUUACAGAAGAAACAGUAGACAAUGGUGGAGGAGAUGAAGAUAGAAUUAAUGAAAGGUUAUCACCUAUGGAAAAGAAGAAGAAGAAGAAAAACAUUUUCCUUAUUGACUCUUCCACUUUAGAGAAUUUUGAUCUAAAUGCACCGGAGUCGAAUGAAGAAAAAAGUGGUGUUGAAUACGAAGUUAAUUUAGAAGAAAUAAGACAGAGAUUGGAGAAGCAAGCAUUAGAAAAGGCCGAAAAGACCAAAGUUAAAAAGUCAAAGACAAAGACUACAAAGAGUGAUGGUGAUAAACAAAAGAAGGCGAAGAAGAAGAAGGCUUCUAUUAUUGAAUAA